AUGCUACUAGCAUCAUUACCACUUCUCUACCUUCUGUUCACCAAGCACUUCAAGAAACCCACUUCUUCUCCUUCCUUCCCACUUCCUCCAGGCCCAUACCAGUGGCCAAUCAUAGGCAACAUUUUCCAGCUGGGAACCAAGCCACACAUCACCUUAACCAAGUUUUCCCAAACCUAUGGCCCUCUCUUCUCGCUCAAACUUGGCACUCAGCUACUCGUAGUAGCCUCGUCGAAGGCUGCAGCAACUGAAAUACUCAGAACCCACGAUCGAUCCUUAUCAGGCCGGUAUGUCCCUGACAUGGCUCCUCACAAGAGCCUCGAGCUCAACGAGUUCUCGAUAGGAUGGGUUGUCGAGUGCAAUGACAAGUGGAGACAGUUGAGGUCACUAUGCAAAAGAGAGCUUUUUUCGGCCAAGGCUUUGGAGAACAAGGUGUUGAUGCGAGAGGGGAAGGCGAGGGAGAUGGUUGAGUUCAUAAGGAGGAGAAGGGAAGGAAGUGAUAGUUAG